UUUCAACUGCGCCCUCUGUUUUGCGCCUAUCAGGUCAGUUGGUUCACUAAACCCGGGAACUGCCCAGCCCAAAUCUAUUCCUUGCGCCCAGGUCACGUCAAGCCCUCAUAUUACCACCUGGAUCCUUCCACCCCCGUCUCCUUUUGUUUUGCCCUUCCAUAAUAUACCCCAUCCCUUCGUUAGGUUUUCUUGCUUCUUUGCAAUUAUCAUUGCGAAGGAGUCGUCAAUCAUGGCGGCCUCUAUCUCGCCGUCGGUCAUCAUGACCCAAAUUCACAAUUAUCUCAACACCAAUGAGACCUCCGACGCUCUUUUCCAAUCCCAGAACGCAUUCAACGCCAUUGGAACCUACAAAUGGUUCAUUGGCACGGGCAUUUUCGUUCUCGUCACCACCAUCCAGAUCAUAAGAUAUAUGAUGAGAGAUCGACCACCGCCGGGUCUCAAGCUCCUCCCCGGUCCAACCAGCACGAUCCCCUAUAUCGGACGGGUGCAUGAUGUCGACCCCAACGCGCCUUGGUUCGCUAUGAAAAAGUUUUGUGAUGAAUACAAUGGUAUAUUCCGUUCCACCAUUUGCGGUGAGAUGCACAUCUGGGUUGGUGAUGCGAACAUCGCCUACGAUUUGCUCUGCAAGAAGGCCAGAAUCUACUCGUCUCGCCCGAUGGUGCCUGCUGUCCCAGGGAGCGACUCUCAGGGUCAAUAUCUCCCGCUUCUGGCUCAUGAUGACCAUUGGCGCAACCAGCGCAAGUUCGCCCACACCGUCCUGACUGCAGGCUUCAACUCCAAGUAUUACGGCUAUGUCAGCCACGAGGCCAAGAGAUUCAUGUACAAGCUGAUGCUCGACCCGAAGGACCACUAUGCCUUGACCGAUCGGUUCUGCGGUCGUAUCAGCGCCCGUCUCGGUUACGGCAGCCCAGCAUCUGCUGCUGCGCACUGCAAGAAUGCUGGUGAAUUUAUUCCCCAGAUCUCUCCUUCUGGUCCAAUCACCAACCUUCUGCCCUUCCUUGGCGGUCUUCCUGAAUGGAUCAACCCCUCAAUCCGCAAGGUCCGCGAGCGACGUGAGAAGGAAGAGAAGUUGUGGAAGGGUCUCAUGAAGCAAGUCCGCGCUGAGAUGGACCAAGGCACUGCUCCCAUCAGCUACGCCAGAACCUACUUCGAGCGCAAGGAAGCCGAAGCUGGCUCUCGAUCCUUUGGUUUCGAUGACCACGAGGCCGCCUAUGCUGUUGGUAUGUUGGUGACGGUCGCCAUCUUCACGAUUGGUGGUCCUCUCUACUGCUUCUUCCUCGCCAUGGUGCUCCACCCGGAAUGGCAACAGAAGAUCCGCGACGAAUACGACGCAGUCAUUGGCGACCGCGUUGUCGAGGUCUCUGAUGCGCCUAACCUACCAAUCCUCCGAGCUUGUAUCAAAGAGUGCGUCAGAUGGCGACCACCAGUCCCGCUUGGUGUGCCCCGUCUCCUCGAAGAAGAUGAUGAAUGGAACGGCUACUAUCUCCCCAAGGGCGCUGUCAUCCACGCCGUCGAUCUCGCUCUUGCCCGCAACCCCGAACUCUACCCAGACGCCGAGUCCUUCCGACCAGAACGAUGGCUCGAGAAGGAAUUCCCAACAUACAAGGAGCCACUCACCGAGCACCCCAGGCUUAUGGGUCACCACGGUUUCGGCAUGGGUCGCCGCAUGUGCCCUGGUAUCGAAGUCACUGAGGCUGAGCUGCUUGUCGCCUGCGGCAGCAUCGUUGGCUGCUUCGAGCUCAACCCGGUCAAGGAUGCCAACGGUCAACCUAAGUGGCCCGACAGCUACAACUUUACACCCAACUUAAUUGGAGGCCCUCUUCCCUUCGAGAUGGAUGUCAAGGUCCGAAGCCCAGAGAAGGCCGCUCGCAUCAAGGUCUGGUAUGAGGAGAGCGUGGCUGAUGAGGCUGCUGGCAAGAUUGCCGCUGGCUUGUAAAGAGAUGGAAAUAAUUUGAUUAGCUACAUUUCUGAUCUCAAGUUUGGAUAGGCACUGAUUGUUGGAACUGCAUGGCGUUGUUGGGAGACCCGAGAUUUUAAACAGCUUCCAAUCUAAUGUUGUGUGUGUAUGAAGACGGAGUUUUUGAUGUCAAUGCUGGGUUGGAUAAUGUACAUAGUCUUUUGAAGAUGCAUGUAUGAAUCUGCACCAAAAGCCUAUGCUUUCCUUUUAUA